AUGACUGUGCAGAAGGGAAAGCGGAUGACCAUCUCCAUCCAGGAGCACAUGGCGAUUAAUGUCUGCCCCGGCCCCAUUAGGCCCAUCAGGCAAAUAUCUGCCUACUUUCCCCGCCUGUCCCCUACAUCCUCUGUCUGUGAAUCACUGUCACCAAACCAGGCAGGGUUUCCAUCUACGGCACUAUUGGUGGAAGGAGGAGCAUCAGGGGGAGGAGGACUCUUGUCCCCAUUGUCUUCGGGCACAGCAGCGGGUGGAGGGACACUGUCUACGAUGAACAGUAUGGAAACAUCUGUGGAGAUUGACAGCUGUGACAGUGAUGACAACACUUCUUUAGGCACUCUGGAAUUUGACUUGCUCUAUGAGUCAUCCACAAGUUCCCUGCAUUGCACAAUCCUCCGUGCCAAGGGUCUGAAGCCCAUGGACUUCAAUGGUUUAGCUGACCCUUAUGUGAAGCUCCACCUGCUCCCUGGUGCCUGCAAGGCAAACAAGCUGAAGACCAAGAUUGUGAAGAACACCCUGAAUCCUGUGUGGAAUGAGACACUUACCUACUGUGGUAUCACGGAAGAAGACAUGUGCAGAAAAACACUCAGAGUGUCUGUGUGUGAUGAGGACAAGCUGACGCAUAACGAGUUCAUUGGUGAGUCACGUGUGGCCCUCCGGCGAGUGAAGCCUGAUCAACCCAAGCACUUCAAUGUCUGCUUGGAACACCCACCUCCUCUGGCAUCUCCUACUGCCAUGACCACAGCACUGCGAGGGAUCUCCUGUUAUCUACGGGAGUGGGAGAGCGAGCAGCAGCGCAGUUUGGAAGAGCGUGGCCGUUUGCUGUUGUGCUUGCAGUUCCUGCUUCCAGCUCACACUCCUGAAGGUGGGGAUGUUCCUCCAGAAACUAAAGAAAGAGUGAAGGGUGGUUUGUGCGUUGGUGUAAAACGCUGUGCCCAUCUUGCAGCCAUGGACGUCAAUGGACUGUCUGACCCCUACGUCAAAACGUACCUCAAGCCAGAUGUGAAGAAGAAAUCAAAGCACAAGACAGCUGUGAUUAAAAAAACACUAAACCCAGAGUUUAAUGAGGAGUUUUUCUAUGAAAUUACAUUAAAUGAGCUGGCGACUAAAACACUGGAGGUGAGCGUGUGGGAUUACGACCUAGGGAAGUCCAACGAUUUCAUUGGGGGUGUGUCUCUGGGAUGUCAGUCACAGGGGGACGCCCUGCAGCACUGGAUUGACUGCUUGAAGAACAAAGGCCAGAAGGUCGAGCGCUGGCACACGCUGACCAACGAACUGCCUGGAUCCACUUUCUAG